UCAGUCGAGUAGCGGUGACGGGCCGACGAGCAGCACGCGGCGGGAGCCGAUCACCUCCCUGUCUGUCUGUCUGUGUGACUUCUCGGGGCCGUGCAAUAGUCUGAGGCCGGUGUGGGGGAAGCCAUGGGGACGGAGGCGGAGCUGCGGCAGCGGAAAGGAGCCAGAGGCGGGCAGAAGACGCAGGAUGCCGUCACCGGCAAGGUAGUGCAGGGAGACGAGUUGGUCACCAGCGGCCUGAACACGCUGAAAAGCUUACACCAGAGUCUCGCCAGCCAGGGCUCCACCGGCGACCAGCAGCGUCCAGCACCGACCCCCCGCGGCCGCCGGCUGGACGUGGUGGCCGUGCUGCUGCUGCUGGCUGGACUGGGUACGCGUCUCUACCAGAUCGACCAGCCGCGAGGCAUCGUGUUCGAUGAGCUCCAUUACGGGAAAUAUGUGGCGCUGUAUAUGAAGCAAAUGUUCUUUUUCGACUCCCAGCCUCCUCUGGGGAAGCAGCUGUUGGCCAUUCCCGCGUAUCUCGCCGGCUUCGAUGGCAACUUUACGUUCGACCGUAUCGGCACCCCGUACCCCGACACCGUGCCGAUUGAGCUGCUGAGGACGGCUCCGGCGGUGGCCGGCGCCCUGCUCCUGCCCGUCACCUACUGGCUGCUGCUCGAACUAGGAGUGUCGAGAGGCGCCGCCACGCUGGCCGGCGUCCUCAUCCUGCUCGAGAACUCGCUGCUCACUCAGUCGCGGUUCAUGUUCCUGGAGCCGUUUCUGAUGCUGUUUGCGGCGCUGGGCGUGCUGUGCCUGGCUCGGUUCCGCCGCUGCGGGGAACGGCCCUUCUCUGCCAGCUGGCUCGGCUGGCUGGUGGCCGGGUUCGCCUUCCUCGGAGCCGCAGUCAGUGUGCGGUACGCCGGGUUCCUGUCGCUGGUGCUCGGCUGGGGGCUGGUGGCGCACGACUUCUGGACGCUGGUACCGAGGCCGGACGUCAGCGGUGGUCAGCUGGCGGCGCAGCUGGUGACGCGCAGCGCGCUGGCGGUGGCCGUGCCGGCGGCCGUCUACCUGGGCAGCUUCUACUGCCACCUGGCCGUGCUGCAGCGCGCUGGUGGAGGCUACGACCGUGUUAUGUCCAGCGCCUUCCAGGCCAGUCUCGAGGACGGUCUGGCCACGCUGAUCAAGAACCAGCCGGUGGCGGUGGGCCACGGCUCGCAGGUGACGCUGCGGCACGCCGUCGGCCGGCCCUGCUGGCUCCACUCACACGGCAAACCGUACCCAGACGAGUUUGACAUCGAGCGCAACUCGAGCCGCCAGCAGCAGGUCUCCUGCUACUCCGGCAAGGACGCCAACAACUGGUGGAUCGUCAAGGACCCGGCCAAGAGUCACACGCGGCUGGUGCCGCCGUUCCGGCCGUUCCGCGAUGGUGACGUGGUACAGCUGGUGCACGGUAUCACCGGUAACCACCUCAUCACCAGCGACGGCUACCGGCCGCCCAUGUCAGAGUCCGCCGACUACGAGGAGGUGAGCUGCUAUACCGGCACCAACACGUCAAUACCUAAACAGGACCUCUGGAAGGUGAUGAUCGUCAACAAAAAGGACACCGACGGCGCCUGGCACGCCAUCACAUCCGAGGUACGGUUCAUUAACCAGGGUAACCUGAACAUGGCACUGAAGUUCUCCGGCCGCCGGCUGCCCGAGUGGGGUAACGGCCAGCAGGAGGUGGUCGGGGACGCGCUGGCCGACCAGGAGCACACCGUGUGGAACGUCGAGGAGCACCGCUACCUCACCAUGGAGUCCAACUCUGACGACGAACGUCAGCUCGAGGUGGUCAGCAGCGAUCUGAUCCCCAUGACCGAGAUGCAGCUCAGCUUCUGGCGCAAGUUCGCCGAGCUGCAGCUCAAGAUGCUGUUCAACAGUCAGGAGACGGUGCACGGCCACACGUACGCUACGGACCCGCUCGAGUGGCUGUCCCUGCGGCGCGGCGUGGCCUACUGGAUCAGCCCGGACAGUAACGCUCAGGUACACCUGGUGGGCAACGCGGCUGUGUGGGCGGCCUCCUCGGCGGCGCUGCUCGUCUACUCGGCGCUGGCCACGCUCUACCUGCUGCGCAGGAAACGCGCCUGCUUCGACAUACCCGACGCCGAGUGGAGCAAGAUGUGCACCGUGUGCCGCACAGUGCUGGGCGGGUUCGCGUGCCACUACUUGCCCUACUUCGUCAUCGACCACACGUUCUUCUUGCACCACUACCUGCCCGCCUACGUGUUUGCCGUGAUGUUGGCCGCCUGCACUGUCGACCACCUCAACUUCGUCGCCAGCCACCUGGGCUGGCGGCCGCUGCGCCUGCUGCUCGCGCUGGCUGUGCUGCUCUGGGUGGCCGCCUGCGGCUACACCUUCGUCGUGUUCAGCUCCGUGUCGUACGGCACCACGCCGCUGACGCCGCAGCAGAUCAAGGACAUGACCUGGAGGGACUCCUGGGACUUCAUCGUCCACAAACAGUGAUCUGCUGCACAAAGCUGUGCCCGAUGUGGGUGAAGGUUAUUGCAACAGAAUGGAGUCGUUCAUUAAAUGCAUAGAUGACUUACAUGAGUUACAAAUAACCAUCGCUCUGCCGAUGAGUGACUUUCGAUAUUCCAGCCAUUCGACUUCCAGGGAGGAACGGAGAAACCCCUUCUAAUAAUAGCUGGAAUCACACAUGUAAAUCCCAUUAGACGUGUUUGUGGCAUUGUGAUGACUUGCGGGUUGGGUACACUACGUCGGCGUACUUUCCUAUGGGUGCAGCCGCACUGCCGAGGUAUAACACCUCUCUAAGUCGGCAGCGUGUGUGCAUUUUCGUCACGGAUGCGAUGGCUCUCCAGUCAACGCUUCCGGCAAUCUAGGACAGCACGUCAGAAGUCUUACAGGCAGUUCUGGUUUUGAACAGCUGGGAAAUUUAUCUUUAAACAGCUCACGGAGGUGUUAGCACGUGGAUUCCGGGUAUGGGGUGCGGCUGUGCCGUUACGCGUGGAUUUAGAUGCCGAGAUUGGACCUCAAUAUUAAGUUCAUAUCCCGUUCCGUUUGAAAAUCACAGACCUACACCAGGGAAAAACGUGGGCAGCCCUCCACUCCCUUUUAGCAUCAUAUAGCGCUAUGUUAUUCGAAGUGAAGUAUGCACGAGAAGCCAAGAAAACUUGACUACGAGAGCGCCGGCAACACCAGCGGCUUAAGCCAAUGUAGGCCACAUGUUCAUGUCGUCAGUCUGCUACGGGCAUACCCAGUGUUCUUGUUCUGAAUGGUGCCAAAAUGUUGUGAAAUACAUCACACUUGAA